UCAGUGCAUCAAGCAAUGGAGGCGUUAGGUAUUUUGUUACUCGGUUCCAUUUGUUGUGUGUCUGCGGGGCCAGUGAAGGUUACCAGUGUGAAAGACGAAAUCAAAAGCCACCGCGCUGAUGCGGAACGUAUAAUUAACCUGGUGGUCAAUGGAAGUGCUAAAGGACAGACAUACAACCGACUGGCCGAGUUUGUGGACACAUUCGGGAGUCGUAUUGCGGGUUCUCAGAAUCUUGAAAACGCCAUUGAUUACAUGAUGAAGAAGUUGAAUGAGGAUGAUCUGGAGAAUGUACACGGAGAGUCCGCCAUGGUGCCCCACUGGGUGCGAGGGAAGGAGUCAGCCACCCUGGAGCAGCCACGGAUCCUACCCCUCAACAUACUGGGUCUUGGGGGUAGCAUCGGCACCCCUCCCGAGGGCAUCACGGCUGAGGUCAUUGUGGUCAAGACGUUUGACGAGUUGAAGCGGAGAGCUGCCGAGGCCCGCGGGAAGAUAGUGGUGUACAACGAGGACUGGGUAGGGUAUGGAGCGACUGUCCAGUAUCGUUCACUGGGAGCUGUGGAGGCGGCCAAAGUGGGUGCUGUGGCCUCUCUCAUACGUAGUGUGACCCCCUUCUCUAUAGACAGCCCCCACACCGGCUGGCAGGACUACAGCGACAACGUCACCAAGAUACCUACAGCCUGCAUCACGAUAGAGAUCGCCCAGAUGCUGCAUAGGAUGUCCUUGAGAGGGGAGAAGAUCGUCAUCAACCUCAAGAUGGAAGCUCAGAACCUGCCCAUGGUCAAGUCCAGGAACACAGUGGCUGAGAUUAAGGGCAGUACAUACCCGGAUGAAGUCGUGAUCGUGAGCGGCCACCUUGACAGCUGGGACGUGGGGCAGGGGGCGAUGGACGACGGCGGCGGUGCCUUCAUUUCCUGGCAGGCCCUGUCUCUCGUCCGCCAACUGGGACUUCGCCCUAAGCGUACCCUCAGGAUGAUCAUGUGGACUGCAGAAGAAGAGGGGGUUUAUGGAGCGAAGCAGUAUUUCAAGGACCACCAGGACGAAAUCCCCAAACACGAUCUGGUGAUGGAAUCGGAUCUCGGUACGUUCAACCCAAGAGGUCUCCAGUUCUCCGGCAACAAGGCAGCCACAGCUAUCAUGAAGGAGGUCGCCCAACUUCUCAGUUCCAUCAACAGGACAACCCUCUACAGUCCCGCAGAUGUCAGCGACACCGGUCUUUGGAAGAACAUCGGUGUCCCAAGCGGCAGCAUAGAGAACGACAACGAAAACUACUUCUACUUCCACCACAGCAACGGUGACAUGAUGACAGUGGAGAACUCCGGCGUCCUUGACCUUUGUUCCGCCAUCUGGGCAGUGGCGGCGUAUGUGGUAGCUGACCUUGACGCUAUGCUUCCACGGGACAUUGUGAACGGUUGACUAUUUAUUUCAAGGUAAUACAUGUUAAGCUUUAAAGUGUGUAUGUCUGUAAUAUGUAACAACUGCCUAAUUUUGUGUCUUAUUAGAUGUAACUUCAUUUUGUUGCUGCAAAUCUAUUUCAAGUUGGUACAUUUGGAAAGUAACGUAUUUCCUCUAAUAAGCGCCCGGACGCUUAUUUUUUCAACAGACUUAUUAGAGGCCAAGCGCUUAUUGCGCUUACUGGGCGUAAUUAAUUAUUUCUUAAUCGCUGCUUAACCUCCGGCGCUUAUUAGUUUCCGGCGCUUAUUAGAGGAAAUACGGUAUAUGUCCUUGCCGUCACAGGCUCUCGUGUCUUUGCGCAGAUUCUUUAAAACUAUAUAAAAAUUUGAGAUGACCCCCCGACUCUAAAUGCUCCACCAUAUGUCAUGAUGUAUAUGUACUGUGAAGCAUUUCGAGUCCGGGGUCAUCUCAAAAACAAUAUUUUAUUAAUCUUUAAUCCUCGCAAAGACACGAGGGCAUGUGCUCGGGGUACGUUUUC